GCUUUACAAUCUGUUAACUUAUUUCUUUCCAGCUGCCAAGAUGUACGUUUUUAAUUCUGCUUUUAUUUUUUGAAUAUAUUUGGUACAAUAGUAUUAAAAUAUUUGAGUUCUUUGUACCAUCUAUAAACCGAAUAUUAAAGUGUGUUAAAUCGUAAUGUUCUAAUAAAGCUUGACAACAUUUUCUCAUAAUUUGUCAAUGCAUUUUUUUAUGUAAUGUCUCGAAUUUUUAACCCGAGACUUCUCAAGAAGAUCUCCCAAUACGUAGUAAUACAGAGAUUAAAUUUGUACGUAACUAGAUUACAGAAGCAGACAGUAACCACAAGUCACAAAAUAGCCAUAUUCAGUAUUGGGUGUACAGCAAUGAGUGGAAUAUCUACUAAUACAUCAAGGGUAGACGUGAACGAGGACUUGAAUAAAGCGCUGGUUGAAGGAGAUACAGCUCUGUUGAAACUUAUUGAACAGUUAAAGGAAUUUGUGAGUGUGGUCAGCUCAGAAUACAGGGCAUGUCUUGUCAAGCAGAUGGAAAUAACAGAUAAAGCACUGACUGUGGGACCUCUGUCUGAGGCCUGGGAUGAGAUUCCACAUUAUAGAACACUGGCUAGCGAGCUUCUCAAAGAAUUGUAUGAGUAUCAGCUGCUAUUUCACACAAUAGGGCAGAUGGCCUCUGAUCAGUCAUUGGAUAGACUUGUAUUGGGAAGCAAUGAAAAUUUGAGUGAAGUAAGCAGAAGAUAUAAGGAGCUGGAAGUGAUUGUUAAAAAAGAAUUUGAAAAGAACAAGAAGGCUGAAAUGGCAUUACUGGAGAAACAUCGUUAUAGCAUCCUAUUUAAUGGUGUUACCACAGAAGAUGAUUACAACGAUAAUUUGUAGAACAUAUCUAUAUUUAUUAUAGCCUAAGGAAUGAGCCUUCAAAAGGGGAACGUGCAAAGAACCAGACCACAAAAACAUAAAAACCAUUCUGCUUUCAAAAAUAGUCUGCAUGAUACCAGUAAUCGUACAAAGCUGAUCAACUCUUUACAGGUCAGUGAUGUAUGUGUAAGAUGUAAAGACAUCAUAGAUUGGAAGAUCAAAUACAAAAAAUAUAAGCCUUUGAGUCAACCAAAAACAUGUGUAAAAUGUGGACUGAAGACAGUCAAACAAGCUUACCAUGUGAUGUGCACUGACUGUGGAAAGAAACUAGAAACCUGCACAAAGUGCUGCCAAAAAAAGGAGAUUGUACCCGCACCACCAUCAAAGGAUGAACAGAUAAAAUUAGACAAUGAAAUGAAAGAUCUCCUACAAAGUUUGCCAGAGCGUAGAAGAAGAACAUUCCUAAGAUAUAUGGAUAAAUUAGGAAAACAGAAAAAACAAGAUGAUGAGGAACCAAAAGAUAAAGAUGCUGAAAAAAAUGCUUUGAUGAAUAAGUUAAAACAGUUGAAAGUAUCAGAGGAAGAUGAAGAUUUCGAUUCAGAUGAUUUUGGUGAUAGUUAUGAUAAAGAAAGUAGUAAUAGUGACAGUGAAGAUGAGAAAGAGUGACCCCUUCUUUGUCUAGUAAUACUUUGUAUAAUUCCUGUACAACAUUGAAUAUAAUCACGUCUACUAUGCCUUUUUUAUUAUCAAC